UCCAAUCUGACGAUUCGAACGUACAGUUUGGCUGCUCCCAUCCUGAUAGGACGACGUUGGAGUUUGAUUGAGGAUCACAUAAACUUCAGUGUCGGUAAACAGGCCUACCUUAUCGGUGACUUGGCCAAUUCGGUAAUGUCGUUGCGUCGAAGUCUGACCAAAUACAGCCGUCAACCUGCCGAACGUCAGUCUCUGUUUGUUCGCGAAUACCUAGUUGUUUUGAAGCAAUAUCUUGCCAAAGCCACGGCCGAUAGGGAAGACUCUGCACUGUUGCGAAACUUUGCCCUGUUCCCACUCCCCGUGGUUCGAUUCAAUGAUCUUCAAGUGAUGUUGGGCAAACCAGUGAAACAUGGCGAAGGUCUGUCCCUUGAAGCUCGUGGUAUUCAGUUUACAGAUGCGGAUGAUCUCCUGGUGGAAAAGCGUGACGUGGAAUCGUAUCAGAGAUACAAAAUACUUCGCAACAAAUCAAAAAUUUGGGAGGACUGGAUGGAGGGCACAGAUGUGAGCGACUGUGAAGACGAUAUCAAGGAGGAUAAAUCCAUAGACUCCGAUAUAUUCGAUGCGAACAGUUAUCCGAAUCACGUAGAACCGUCCGCAUCUGCUGUUCCUGGCUUGCUAGAAGAGGUGCUGAUGCGCGCCGAAUUUCUGCACUCUGUUCCGCAUUCGGAUAAGAAAAAGAAAUCGCCCAGCGGUGUCUCUUGUCGGCCUCAAUUCAUUCUGUACACUAAUCACUCGAUAUCCAAAUCAACAACUCCGGUGGCUCCAGUUGGAGAAUAUGUGACUGUUCGAAUUCCUUUGGAAAAUCCUAUGCGAAUUCCUUUGGUGUUCAGCAAUCUACAUCUCCUGUGGUCAUUCGGCCCGCAGCUGUCGAACACACGCGAUCCCGCACCGAGUGAUCCGUGUAGUCCGAUCACGAACGAGACUCCAUUCGAUCUGACCCACCCGACACGCCACAUUGUUGCGAACGAGGUCAUACCUGAGCUCAUCAUGUUACCGAACGAGAGCAAAGCCACCAACUCUGUGAAUGAUCUGACCUUCCGGAAAGACCUGCCCGUUCACCCAUGGUUACCGGUGCCCAUAAGCCAUGGCACAUCAGCCCCUGAGGACGAUGCCUCUUCGCAUACACUCUCCCCAGGAGCCUCCGUCACUAUUCCCGUCUGGUUUCGCGCGCCACACCUAUCCAGUUCACUGCAUCGUUCUGGGCUCCUGCCUGUUCGUCACUGGCACUCACGUCACGCAACCCCAACAUCUGACGUGCCGGUUCUCAGCGAACAACGCACUGUGCAUUUGGUUUUUCAAUACACUUCCCUAACACCAAACCCCGUCUAUCCCGAACUGAAUACCCGUUUUGUGCGCCAUCGUUCCGAUCUGGAACUUCAACCCUCGUUACGUUUCAAAGCGCUUGCCACAAGGAAGUCGUUCUCUGGUCCACGGGACAUAUUCAUUCAUCUCAUUAUUCAGAAUUUGACGAGCAACACCUUCCGUAGCUCGUUCGAAAUACUACAGAUCUCUUGUGCCAGCCGAUUUUGGGUCUUGAAGCCCGUCACAGACACACCGAAGUUUGGGAAAGGGUACAUGGCUUCGCUUGCUCCCGGUGAAGUAGUGUCUCUGAGUCUACACGGAUCAUUCUACAGAACCCGAUCCCCGGAUACGUCGAGCGAACUGGUGUCUAGCGGCGACGAGGUCAUGUUCUCCACAGUUCCUCUAUCCACUGCUGGCAACUUCUCUUCACAAGGGACAAUUGUCCCUUCCAGCUCCCCAUACGUGGAAUUUUAUUCCCGCUCAGGAUGUGUGGUGAAGCGAAGCACAUCCGAGAACGAGAACCCCUGCAAAUCCCGUCGUGAUUCGCGUAAAGAGCCCACAGAUUUAUCUCCUGUCGGUCUAACCCAAAAUCCAACCCAACUAGUUCAGUUCCGACUGCAUCAUCCGUUCAAAAUACACAAUCGAUUUCCAUCGGAAUCUGUUCACUUACCACUUAGUGCCCGUUCUCCCCUGGCUACGAAUCUCAUGAAUGAUGAACGAGGACUGGACGAAUCAUUUCGGCUUGCCAGGUUGACACUGGUACCAUCUUCAUCCAAGCGAUCUAACAGCCUUCUGAAGAUACCUGUCCAUGCUGAACUUCUGAAUACAACUAUGGCUCCCGUCCUGGUCAGAUUGGAAGCUGUAUUGGAUGAAAAUCGGUAA